CAAUACACCGGGUUAGUGCUCAAGUUGAGCAUGUGAAUCAAAGGAUGGGAAGGCUAGAAGUUUCCCAAGGAAUUCUGAACACAAGAAAUAGGCAAGAAUUCCAUGGAGGACGAGGCCAAGGACGAGGAGGUCGCGAGAGACAGAUAGAGGAAUUUGAUGAGGAGCCAUUCGGUGGAGACUUUGAGGAAGGCAUGGAUGAAACCUUUGCUGUCCAAGAGAGAGCUGGCCAUGGAAGGUAUAGGAGGGAAGAAACAGAUGACCAUCUUAGCAAUAUCAAGAUCAACAUCCCACCAUUCAUGGGAAAAAGUGACCUCGAAGCAUAUUUGGAGUGGGAAGAAAAGAUGGAGAUGAUAUUUGACUGCCAUAAUUAUUCAGAGGCUAAGAAGGUGAAAUUGGCAGCAAUGGAGUUUGGCCGUUAUACACUCCAAUGGUGGACCAAUGAGCAAAACACCCGAAGGAGAGUUGGUGAUGACUUGAUUACUACAUGGCGACAAAUGAAAGGAGCCAUGCGGAAGCGAUUCGUACCAUCACACUAUCAUAGGUUGCUGCAUCAAAGACUUCAAUCUUUAUCUCAAGGACAUGGAUUCGUGGAGGAUUAUUACAAGGAGAUGGAGAUGCUUAUGAUGAGAUUGAACUUGAAUGAAGAUAGGGAAGCAACCAUGGAAAGGUUUCUUGGUGGUUUGAAUCGUGAAAUAGCCAAUCAACUAGAAUUGCAACAAUAUGUGGAAUUGGAGGAGAUGUUGCAUGUGGUUAUUAAAUUAGAGCAUCAAUUCAAGAGGAGGGGUGUAAGAUCAUGGUUUGAGGUGUUUCCAACAGUGGAAGGUCCAAUUCUAGUGGCUGGAGGAACAAUCCCAUCUAUGAAAGCAAGCCAAAGCCGAAAGUCAAAGAAGAAAGUUCAAAUUGGCCAAGGAAGGAGACUAGAACCGAAUCUGUCCAAGCACUAAAGAAUGAGGUAAAAUUAGAUCCUAAACCUUCUAGAACUCAUGAUGUUGUGUGUUUUAAGUGCCAGGGAGGAGGACACAUCGCUAGCCAAUGCCCGAAUAGAAGAAUCAUGGUUUUAAAGGGCAAUGGCGAGCUAGAAUCGGAAAGUGAAGAAAGUGAGGAUGAAGCCAAGCAAGAGGAGGAGGACUUGAAGGAUGAACCCGAAACGUUGCAAGCAUCCAAUGCUGAAUUAAACUUGCUUUCUAGGAGAGUACUUGCUGCAUACAAAGAUGAGGAUGAAAUUCAAAGAGAGAACAUCUUCCACACCCGAGGUUUAAAGGGAAGAAGGUCAAGCUGGAACCAUUAUCUCCUAAAGAGGUUUACAAAGACCAAUUACAAAUGCAACAAAGGAGAGAAGCCGAAAAGCUUAAGGAAAAAGCAAGUAUGGC